AUGAAGCAAUGUGAUCUAGCAGGUGAGUUUUUAAAAUUACUUAAUAGGUUUAAAAGUUUCUCUCAGCUCUAUAUCCACUGUAAUUUUAAAGCUGAGAAAUAAUACACUCUUUAUCAGAUGGGUUCAGUUAACGAUUAACAUCGUGGAGAGUGGAAAGGCUUGUUAUAAUUGCAAAGGGAAACUCUCUAAAUUACGCUUUGAAACAAGCACAUUGGAAUAACAACAAAAGAUAACAUAAAUUUAGAGGCAGUGAAGUGACUAACAUAUCAGUGUUAUAGACAAGAUUCCUUACAAAGCGCGAAGCCCAGACAUGAAAUGUUUUUCGUAAAUGAGGGUAGAAUGAAAGGUUUAAAGCCAUCGCUAAGAAAAUGUUCAUUUUUAUUCAAUUCGGCGAAAUGUUUCUUAGGAGCAAGGAUUAGCAAAGAGUCGGUUGGUACGCGGCCUUCUGUGUGUUCUCAAAUCCUUGUUUCGACUUCUUUCCUUGCCUUGUACCUUCAAGUAGCUUUAUAUAACUGUAAAACGGAGCACUACUGAAGAGAAAGGGGGUAAAAUGACCGCACCGUCUACUUCAGGUUUGUUGGUUAAAGUACUGUUACGAGUUACCGAUGUAAAAUAAAGAGCUGUACCUUUACCUUUAUGUCACGACCGACAUGGCAACAAAAACAACUGUAAGAGGAAAUAUACAGAUGUUCUAGGGCUCAGUUAGACCAAGCUACAUUUAAAUGUCUUUGUUAAAUUUCUACAAAGUAGCAAAUGUCUUGUCCUUACAGAAACUGCGUCAUUAGGGGUCCUCCGUCAUAAACAUCAUUCCACUUUUGAGACCAUUUGUUUACAGUUGGACUACUGCAAUAACUGGAGAGCUUUAGGGCUGAACAUCAAGAUUCCAGAUCAAACACUGCAGCAAAUCGCCACUUCCACCAGCUGUGCGAAGGCAGUCCUUGAGAUCAUCGAAAACAGAAAGCCCCAUGUGACUGUGAAGGAAAUGCGAGAUGCCUUGAAGGAAAUGCUGAGAGAAGAUGUGUGCAAUGUGCUGGACAAAUAUCUGCCAGGUACAAAUUUCUAAAAGAUUCUGAAUAACUUUUCGUCAGCAAACAAAUUCUCAUUUUCAGUUAUAAAAGUAAGAUUUUAUCUUAAAUUACACACCUGUUUUGUUUUUGACAUUCAGGCAAAUUUAAAUGCUAUGUAAGACAAGGAUGGUCAAUACAACACCGCGGCAUUUCCGGUCACUAAACUUUUAUUUCCUGUUUCUAGUGUUAAUUAUAAUAAUGACGUGGUUUCUUUAAUAAGUAUUACUAUUCUUUGCUUAGUUAUCGCCUUCUCCCAAAUUUAACUAAUGCCAAACCGGUAGCAUACAAGAAAGCCAGUAAAAACAAAUUCGUCCUGUCGAGCGCUCGCGACCUACAAACUUCAAACAUCAUUUUCAGCGUUGGUGCAAACAGGUAACCAUGUGGUGGAAAAGUUUGACACUAGAAAAAUAUAUCAGCUAUGGAAGUGAUUUUUUUCGUCCUCUUUUUUUGUCUGUUUCUGCCGUUUUGCUUUUAAACUUGGCGCUACGGCAAUGUUAUGCUUACGCAAUUGGUUUAUUUACUAGACCGGAAAUAAAAAUCUGACCGGGUGUUAAAUUUUGUGCUUAUGCGCAAUGCGUUUUGCCGCGGUGUUGGUUAAUACAAAUGAUAUAAUAUAAAAGAAUCCUUAUUGGUACCCUCUGCGCACACUAUACAUUCUUGGUUUAAAGUUGUAGCUGACUAAUGAGCUAUUUGGUACUUCCUUUUAAAACCUACAAUAUAUGUUGAGGUUACAUAACGUAACCCAUAGUAACCUGAUCAAUACCUAUCCGUAUGUACAUUAUAUGAUGAGCGUUGCAGUGAUUCACAAUUCUUAAAUUAACGCAUUUGGACUUGUUAUCUACAGGUUAUAUCAAUAUUCAUGAGGUCUAAUGAACUUAAAGUAAGAACCUUGUUUCUUGGAGCCUUCACUUCUUCUUGCCUUCAUAAAAAGGUCCUUCAAAAAAUUUACUUUUUUAGUUUUUUAAUCAGCAGGUUUCUUCUUUGCUUUUUUAUGCUUUUUUUGUAAUACAGAGGGUGGCACAAUAAAAACUCUUCGCAAUAAUCUCGAUUGUUUGGAAGAACUAGCCACCUUGUUGGAUUGUGAAACACCAGGAAUGAAAAACUGGUUGCAUUUUGCUUGCAAGCUUGGUGUUCCCAAAGAAGACUGUGACAGUUUAAAGCCAAGAGGAAACCCAAGUCCAACCAGAACUUUAAUGGAAUACAUUGUUCAAGUUGAUUCAGACCUCACAGUCAAGAGGUUUAUCGAAGCGCUGAAAAGGAUGCAACGGACAGACGUCGUAAAUGCCUUGAGAAAGUUAUUGCUGGGUAAUUCAUAUUUUCAUCCUCUAAAGUUGUCAUGUGUUGGCUGGAGAACAUUUUUUCGUGGCAGGGAACUGAACUUUUCCCCUUAUUUUAUCUGACUCCUUUCCUCAACUACAUGUGCGGGUGAUUUGGGGGUGCUUAUCAUGUGACAGAUAAACCCGGUUAAGGUGUGCAAAGCAUAACGUUAAGCGAUUUACCAGUCAGUUUCGCUCAAUUGCCAUUUCUGUUAGGAGCGUCUGGAAGUCUGGAACCGAAAGAUUGAUAAACGGUAAUUAAUCAAAAUUUUUCUUUUGGGUUAGUGGUAAGCACCCUUGCACUGAAUUACUUUUCCGACGGAGACGUUACACGCACCUCGAUUUUAUCUUAAGGUCAUUGUGGCAUCUCAACUGCAAAAAAAGACCAUGAUACAGACCCACUGAAUAUGGUCUUUGUUGGGUCUCUAGCCUGCUCAAGAUCGUAAACGCACUACUUCUUUAUACAUUUUCCCCCUUGUUUUUUCUUUGUUGUUGUUUUUGUAGUGAUUUUUCCCUUUUGACUUGUUAUUAUUUUGUAGAUUGCGAUGGAAGAAACAUCAGCACCGAUUAUGCAGACUUUAUAACUGGCGACCAUUACGUGACUGGGUCUCUAAUUUACUUAGUGUCUCAUCUAAUUUUGUGAAAGGUUUGAACCCAGGAGUCAUUUCAGUAGGUUGAGUUUGAUCGUCCGGGUGAACGUAGUCCUGAAUAGGACUGUUGUUGUUGACAGUGACUGACGUUUCGACAACCUGUGCGGUAGUCAUCUUCAGAGUCAAAGUGAGUUGUGUCACGUCAGUUGAUGGUAUUAUACUCUGGUUAUUG